AUGCGUUCCAUCUUCUACCUUGCGCUCAGCGCCAUUGUCACUCUCGCGGCUGCGUCCGAGAACCCCUUCAGCGUCCCUGAAGGUGGUUACGAGUUUGAUGCCGGUAGCCCGACCACCCUCUCCUGGGACCCGACCACCAGCGGUACUGUGACCCUGAGACUCCAGUGGGGUGCUGUCUUCACCACCAGCAGCGGCGAUCUCAUUGCCUCGAGCAUCGACAACUCGGGUAGCUACACCUGGACUCCCUCUGCCGACCUGGUCAGCCGCUCCGACUACACCGUGGAGAUCAUUGACGACGCCGACACCAGCAUCGUCAACUACACCCCGCGUUUCUCCAUUGCCGGCACCACUGGAACCGCCACCACCUCUGCUGCCUCGUCUACCACGAGCUCUGUUGCCAGCACCUCGUCCACUGAGCAGACCGGUACCACCACCGCUACCACCGCGACCACCGCGGCCACCACCGCUACCACCACCGCCUCGGGGACUAACUCCACCUCUUCUGCCACCGACCCCGCUGCCACUACUGUCAGCAUGGCCUCGUCCUCU